AUGGACCUCUUGGACAUUUCGCCCAUGAUUGGUCUAAUAUCAAGCCAGAAUUUGAGCCCACAUAGCCCGAAUCUGGCCGUCAGCUCAAUAGCCAAUGAGGCACCAGAAGCCAGCUUUUUCCCAACCACACCUCAGCUCACCUCGGCCGCUAGCAAGGACUACAACCUUGCAAAAAGCCAUCUACAGGCUGUCAAUGCUCGACGUUUACACCCUCGAGUCCUCGACCACCCUUUCUAUAUCUCCACAACGAUGUUGGAUCCCGUUCCAUUAGGACGGACCAACCCCCAUCGGCUCGGCGGCGAUGCGAAGUUCAGAAGGGAGGAGGGCAAUCCCACGCUUCCGGAAACGCUCUAUACGCCAGUUCUCAGACGGAAUAGCAACGCUGCCAUUGCGGUACGCCGCGCCAUCUGGUUUGAUAUCGCUGUCCAAGGCGGAGCCCGGCCGGGACUGUAG